AGUAGUGGUACACUAGUUUGAGGAAAAAAAAAAAGAGAGUGAGAAUCCCAAUUCUCAACAGCUGCUUGAAGUAUCCGGCAGCGCCAGUUUGACAGUCCUACUCGUCCCAUUCCAACACCAAAUCAAACACCUUGCUUCAUCGAAUUCAAUUAUCUCUGGGAAUAAGCAAAGGCUAAAGUACACGUUUACAAUCUACCGUACGAUUAUUGGCACCUUGCCACCUUUUGAAGUUUUCUAACUUUUCUCCUGACAAGAAGUCGCCAUAUUUGCUCUUCUUUUCGCCAAAGCUUUUUGUGGCUUCGGUUAAUUUCGCAAAUCUUUUACCAAAACUUUUUCAAUUACAAUUUGGCUUGGACCCAUCAAGUAUUGUCCUCGGGGGCUCUUUUUUCGAAGAUUUGAAAUUUUAAGGGGCCUUGCAGGGGAAUUUUGGGAAAGAAAUCAGCAAACAUGGACGUUGACGCUGAGGAAGGAACUUUGCUUAAAUUUGCACCGUUUCAAAGUAGAGUGGAUGAGGGUUUCUGGCAUAGAUUAUCUUCAUUGAAGCUCAACAAAUUACGGCUUGAUGAAUCUCCAAUGCCCAUUACUGGUUUUUUUGCACCUUGUUCGCACAAGCAAGUUCCAAGUCGUCUGACCCUUCUGGCCGAGUCUCUGCCUAGUGAAGAUCAAAAACAAUCAUCAUCCUUACCUGCUACUUUGAAUCAGGGGAAUAGGAAUAGAUGUCCUGUACCUGGCAUUCUUUACAAUACGAACACUUUGGAGGGCUUCAAUGGCAUUGAUAGAGUGAGCUUACUUGAGACUGAAGCUAAGAAGAUUUGGGAUGAUAUUCACAAUGGUAAAGUGGAGGAGAGCAGCUCUGUGCUCUUAAGAUUCAUGGUUAUAUCAUUUGCAGAGCUGAAAAAAUGGAGCUUUUGUUAUUGGUUUGCUUUCCCGGCUCUAAUGCUUGAUCCUGCAGCAAGGGUGGUCAGUUUGCGGUCAGCAUCCCAGUGCCUUAGUUUAGAACAGGCUGAGUCCUUGUCAUCAGCAUGUAAUGAGUGGCGUAAUACAAGCUCUACAACAGGUGUGCCAUUUUUUCUGGUUUGUAUUGCUUCAGACUCUCAUGUUACUCUUAGACAUCUAGCUGAUUGGGAAGCUUGCAUGGAUGAUGGUCAAAAGGUUUUAUUUGGUUUUUAUGACCCUUGUAAUGUUCCAUAUCCUGGUUGGCCACUUCGAAAUUAUCUUGCAUAUAUUUGCAUAAGAUGGGGUCUUGAGAAGGUUCAUUUCUUGUGCUAUCGCGAGACUCGUGGUUUUGCAGAUUUAGGGUUUUCACUCAUUGGAGAAGCUUCUAUAUCAGUUUCACCAGAAUGGAAAACUCGUGACUGUACGCCUAAAGCUGUUGGAUGGGAAGUGAACAAAGGGAAUGCUAAACCAAACUUCAUCAGCCUUGCAAAGGCUAUGGAUCCAACUAGUUUAGCCAUAUCAAGUGCAGAUUUGAAUUUAAAGCUUAUGAAAUGGCGUGCAGUGCCAGAUUUGAACCUCAGCAUCUUGUCUGCUACUAGAUGUCUUAUACUGGGAGCAGGUACACUUGGAUGCGAAGUUGCUAGAUUGCUUAUGGCUUGGGGUUUCCGUAAAAUUACAAUGCUUGAUAGCGGCAAGGUUGCCAUUUCGAAUCCACUGAGGCAGUCCCUGUACACAUUAGAUGACUGCGGUGAAUUUAAGGCCAUUGCUGCAGUUAGAAGUUUAAAUCGCAUCUUUCCUGCAGUGGAAGCAGAAGGCAUUGUGAUGGCUAUUCCAAUGCCUGGGCAUCCGGUGCCCGAACAAGAAGAGCAAAGUGUGCUUGAGGAUUGUAAACGGCUGCACGAUUUAGUUGAAUGUCAUGAUGUAAUAUUCUUGCUGACUGAUACGCGAGAGAGUCGGUGGCUGCCUACUCUUCUUUGCUCUAGUGCUAACAAGAUAGCUAUUACAGCAGCUCUAGGAUUUGAGAGCUUUGUAGUUAUGCGUCAUGGAGCUGGUCCUUUGAGCAUGAUCAAAGAUUCUGGAGCUCUAAGUAGUUUGUCUGCUGAAAUGCACAACCUCUCACUUACAAACAGGAUGGGAAAACAGAGACUAGGAUGCUAUUUCUGUAAUGACGUGGUUGCGCCAGUUGACUCGACUGCAAACCGUACCUUGGAUCAGCAGUGCACAGUUGCUCUUCCUGGACUUGCUUCUAUUACAUCUGGCUAUGCUGUUAAACUUCUAGCAGGAAUUUUACAAGAUCGUUUGGGGAUAUUUGCGGAUGCUGAAUUUGCAAACUCAGCUAAUAACCCGAGCAGUGAGAAUUGUCUUGGUAUCUUGCCCCAUCAGAUUCGAGGAUCCCUCUCCCAGAUGUCUAUGAUAACACUUGUGGGGCAUGCCUCUUCUAGCUGCACUGGUUGUAGCAGCACUGUGAUAUUGGAAUAUCAGAAGAGAGGGCUGGAUUUUGUCCUUCAAGCUAUCAAUACACCUAUGUAUCUAGAAGAUCGAACAGGACUAACAGAGCUGAAAAAGUCAGCUGAUUCUUUUAAUUUGGAUUGGGAAGUUGGAACUGAUGAUGUGGAGGAUGAUUGUGUGGAAAUAUAAAAUCUUCUGGUGUAAUUAACUUCAUCUGAUCAUAUAAAAUCUUCUGGUGGAAAUUAACAUGAAUGUUCUUGUUUGAAGUGUUGUAGAAAUCACCAGAAAAGAGACGAAAGUUUGACUUCUACUUGAUUUGUCCUUUUCUUUUUCUUUUUUUUGGAAAGGGGGGGGGUCUGUUGAUGUAGUUUCACUUGCAGAAUGGUUGGUACAAGGCAAACAGAAAGAAGGAAAAAGUUUUGAAGACAAGAAGUUAUCUUUACCUACUAGGAUGUGCUUCUUGCUUUCCCGUUUUCUGUGGCAUCCCCAAAAACUAGUUAUUAGAACUCUUGGGAGUGGUUAGCUGGCAAACAGCAUAAGAAGAUGUUCCAAAAUUGCAUCCAUUCCCAGUGCUACUAAUUUCAGAAAUUGUUUUGGUAAUGUAGUUUGUAGUUACAAAAAAAAAGAUACUACUAUUAUUCCUGUUAUUUGUUGGAUACCUGGCUCCGAAUGAAAGCUGCAGGUUUCGUGACAAAUUCUCUGAUUAAAGUCUUUAGUAAAGACACAAUCAUGCAGGUUUCCCAAGUAUCUUUUAGUUCCAUUCAACUUGAAUCAGGUUCAUGUACUAUAUGCAUACCCUUAAAAGUUUAUCUCUUUUUACGAAUAACUGUUUGCAGAUAUGAAGUUUCCUUUUACUA